AUGGUGCCCCAAGUGCAUACUGUUCUUUGCAGCAGAACUAACCCUGUGGAUAUUCCACAUGAAUGGUAUGAAGAAGGGGACCUUGUCAUUGGUGGAAUAGUGUCUCAUAUCUUUUACGUAUUCCCCAAGCUUUCCUUCAAGGAACACCCUUCUCGGGUCUUUAUUGACAUCCCAGUGGUGAUGACAAAGUUCUACCAGCAUAUACUGGCCUUGGUGUUUGCUGUUGAUGAGAUCAACGAGAACCCCAAAAUCUUGCCCAAUGCCACUCUUGGAUUCCACAUCUAUGAUAGCUACUUUGACUCAAGGAUGACCUCCCGAACCACUUUGGAUCUGCUCUUUAAAUCACAUCACUUUGUCCCCAACUACAUAUGUGGCAAUCAGAAAAAUGUAGUAGGAGUCAUUGGGGGACUUAGCUCUGACACCUCCUCAUCCAUGGCAGAUGUCUUAGGUCUUCACAAGAUUCCACAGAUUUCAUAUGGUUCAUUUCAACGAGCCAUGAAUGAUCAAAUCAGAUUCUCUUCCUUUUACCGCAUGGUCCCCAAUGAAGCACUUCAGUAUCAAGGAAUUAUCCAGUUACUUCUGCAUUUCAGAUGGAAAUGGGUUGGGUUCAUCACUACAGAUAAUGAAGCUGGAGAACGUUUCUUACAGACUAUUGAGCCAAUGCUUUUCAAGAAUCAGAUGUGUUCAGCAUUCACAGAAACGAUUGAUUACCAUCUGCAUUUCACUGGUAGCUUACAUGAUGCGCUCCACUCAUUCCUGCAAAGGAUCUCAUUCAACAACAAUGCUGGGGAUGAAAUCGCAUUAAAUGAACAUAGAGAGUUAGCAGCUGGCUUCGAUAUUACAAACUUAGUCACUUUCCGAAAUGGAUCAUAUGUCAGGGUCAAAGUGGGGAGGCUGGAUCCUCAGGCCCCUCCUGGCAAAGAGCUCACCAUUAAUGCGGACAGAAUCAAAUGGCAUAGUGGCUUCAUUCAGGAACCGCCGCUUUCAAUAUGUAAUGCCAACUGCCGUCCUGGUUAUGGGAAGAGAAAGAAGGAGGGGGAGAAGUUUUGCUGUUAUGAUUGUGAUCCAUGUCCUCGUGGGAUGUUUUCAAAUGAGAAGGGGUUGGAAACCUGUGCCAGAUGUCCUGCAGAUCAAUAUCCAAAUGAGAAGCAGAAUCAGUGUAUUCCAAAGAAAACAAAUGUCCUAGACUUUGGUGAAACUUUGGCCAUGGUUUCAACUUUCUCUGCGCUUUUAUUCUCUCUGAUCACAGCUAUGGUACUUGGCAUUUUCAUUAAGCACCGGAACACUGCCAUCGUCAAAGCCAAUAACAGAAGCCUCACUUACAUUCUCCUCAUUUCCCUCCUCUUGUGUUUCCUUUGCUCUUUGAUGUUCAUUGGAAUGCCUAAUAAGGCAACCUGCCCACUCCGACAAACGGCUUUUGGCAUUGUCUUCUCUGUGGCCCUCUCCAGCAUCUUGGCCAAGACUAUUUCAGUGAUUUUGGCAUUCAUGGCUACCAAGCCAGGAUCCAGGAUCAGGAGAUGGGUAGGCAAAAAACUGGCUUAUUCCAUUGUCCUUUCCUGCUCUAUAAUUCAAGUAGGAAUCUGUGCCCUCUGGCUGGCAACCUCUCCCCCAUUCCCAGAUGUGGACAUGCACUCAAUGAGUGAAGAAAUUAUAUUCUUAUGUAAUGAAGGGUCAGUUUUCAUGUUCUAUUUUGUUUUAGGCUACAUGGGCUUCUUGGCCAUUAUCAGCUUCACAGUGGCCUUCUUAGCCAGGAAGUUGCCGGACAGCUUCAAUGAAGCCAAGUUCAUCACCUUCAGCAUGCUGGUCUUUUGCAGUGUUUGGUUCUCCUUUAUUCCCACAUACUUGAGCACCAGAGGAAAAUACAUGGUGGCUGUGGAGAUCUUCUCCAUCCUGGCUUCCAGUGCUGGCCUGUUGGGUUGCAUCUUUUCCCCUAAAUGCUACAUUAUUGUGGUGAUGCCUGAGCUGAAUAACAGAGAGCAGCUGAUACGGAGAAAGAUGUAA